AUGGCGGAGCCCAUGAGCCCCCCGCCAUGUUCCCAUCCAUCCGUACAGCCCCAUUGGGGUCCAGCACAUCGCGGGCUUCCCCCUUACAGCCUGACCAUCGUCCAGGAGGGAUUCAGCCGCCCGCGACCCGACGGGACGUUGGAGGCGGAUGGAACCAUCACAUUAGUGAGGGGGGGUCCCGUCACGGCCCUGGUGGACACGGGGGGUCCGUGGGGCCGGCGGCGCCUCCUGGACGGGCUGGAAUCUAUUGGGGUCACCCCACGGGACGUCACCCACGUGCUGUGCACCCACGGCCACUCGGACCACGUGGGGAACAUCAACCUGUUCCCUUCCGCCUCCAUCUUGGUGGGCUUCGAUUGAGCUGUGGCCGGGCUCUUCCUGCCCCAUAAGUUGGCUCAGGGGGUCCCGUACGCCCCACACCCCGGGUUGGUGGAGGUGGUGGCUACUCCAGGUCACGUAAAGGCCCACGUCAGUGUGUUGGUACGUGGGACCGACGUGGGGACGGUGCUGGUGGCCGGGGACCUGUUUGAGUGUGAGGGGGACGAGGGGCUGUGGGGCUGAGCGAGGACCCCCCCACCAGAGCAGAGCAGGGGGUGGGCAAUGGGGGCGGCUGAUGUCAUUGUGCCGGGACCAUGGGGCUGCGUUCAGGGUGAU